AUGAGAAUCAGCAACUUGAUCAUGGCCGCCAGCGCUGCUGGUCUGGUCAACGCUCUGCCCGUACGCGAGAUGGCCAAAAAACGCUCCUCUGGAUUCACCUGGGUCGGUGUCAACGAAUCUGGUGCCGAAUUUGGUAGCAGUAUCCCCGGAACGCUGGGUACCGACUACACAUGGCCCGAUACAUCCAAGAUUCAGACUCUGCGCAAUGCGGGUAUGAACAUCUUCCGUGUUCCAUUCUUGAUGGAGCGUCUGGUCCCCAGCUCCAUGACCGGUACCCCGGAUGCCACCUACCUGAGCGACCUGAAGAAGACCGUCAAUUUCAUUACCGACAGUGGUGCUUAUGCCAUUCUUGAUCCUCAUAACUAUGGAAGAUACUCUGGAAGUAUCAUUUCCUCUACUUCUGACUUCCAGACAUUCUGGAAGACCGUCGCUAGCGAAUUUGCCUCUAAUGACAAGGUCAUCUUCGAUACCAACAAUGAAUACCAUGAUAUGGACCAGACUCUGGUGCUCAAUUUGAACCAGGCCGCCAUCAAUGGUAUUCGUGCUGCCGGUGCCACAACGCAAUACAUCUUCGUUGAAGGUAACCACUACAGUGGCGCCUGGACCUGGACUGACAACAAUGACAACCUUAAGGGUUUGAAGGAUCCUCAGGGCAAGAUCGUCUUUGAGAUGCACCAGUACCUUGACUCGGACGGUUCUGGUACCUCUGAGUCCUGUGUCAGCUCCACUAUCGGCCAGGAGCGUGUGCAGUCUGCCACUCAGUGGCUGAAGGACAAUAGCCUCAAAGGAUUCCUUGGAGAGUUCGCCGGUGGUGUCAACUCCCAGUGCGAGACCGCCGUCGAGGGUCUUCUCUCUUAUAUGUCCGAGAACAGCGACGUCUGGCUCGGUGCUGAGUGGUGGUCUGCCGGUCCCUGGUGGGGAACUUAUAUGUACAGUCUCGAGCCUACUAGCGGUCCUGCCUACUCAACCUACCUUCCCAUUCUGGAGAAGUACUUUGUGAGCGGCACCGGCUCUUCGUCCUCCUCUUCCUCGACCACUGGCUCUUCUGCCUCCUCCUCCUCCUCCUCCUCCUCCUCCCCCUCCUCCUCCUCCUCCUCCUCCUCCUCCUCCUCCUCCUCCUCCUCCUCCUCCUCGACCACCAGCUCUUCUUCCUCCUCUUCCUCGACCACCAGCUCUUCUACCUCUGUGACCAAGCCAACCACUACUGCCCCUACUCAGGUUCAGGUCGUCGCCACUUCUUCCUCUACCCCUACUCCGUCCUCAGUGUCUGCAGCCGAGACUCCCUCUCCCGCUCCUACUGAGGCUGCUCAGCCCUCCAGUGCCGCCCCCACCACCCCGACGACCGCCGCUGCUUCGACUUCUGCUUCUGGCUCUUCCGUUUGCGAUGCCUCCGAGCCUACCGCCAGCAGCUCUGCCUCUGGCGUCGCCAAGCACUGGUACCAGUGCGGUGGAGUCAACUGGACCGGCCCUACAACCUGCGAGAGCGGCUACACCUGUGUUAAGCAGAACCCUUACUACCACCAGUGUCUUUAA